AUCGAUGUUUGCUUGUGUUACUGAGAAGUAUGGAGUUCCCAAUAGCGUGCUAAUAUAAUUUGAUUUACAUAUAGUUAACCUGGUUUUCCCGAGAAUAAUGUGGUCGAAUAAAGAACAGAAUAUGUUUCAUUACUAAUGUCAAACUAUAGUAGUGGUUAGAUGUUAGUCAAGUGUUAGUGAACAUGAUUUGUUUGCUGCUUUUGUACGUUAUUGUUUUUGUAAAUGCAGAUUACACAGUGCCCGACGCCAAAAUUGAGGCCCUGUAUCCCAAGGGCUUUAGGGUGUCCAUUCCAGAUGAAGAAGGAAUCAAACUGUUUGCUUUCCAUGGCAAGCUGAACGAGGAACUGAAUGGAAGAGAAGGUGGCACAUUCUCCAGGGAUAUAACCAAAGCAAAAAAUGGAAGGUGGACUUUUAUCGAUCCUUACACUAAGCUAAAAGAGGGUGAUGUCUUGUACUACUGGACGUACGUAGAUUACUUUGAUGGAAGAACCAAGCUAGGCUACACAAAUGAUGAUCAGGUGUUUGUGGUGAAAGAACUGAUUGAUGAAAGUAUAUCCAUAGAUGUUAGGAAUAAAGUCUGUUCUAGUACGAAAUCAAACCCAAAUGUUACGAACAUUUGUGCAGGGGAUUUGAUAUUCAAUGAGAAUUUUGAUGAUAAUUUAUUAAAUAGUAAAUUUUGGACGAUAGAACAGAAAUAUGCGGAUGCGCCUGAUUAUGAGUUUGUCAUGUACAUGAAUCUGCCACAAUGUUUACAAGACAACAAUGGAAAGCUCAAAAUAAGGCCUAUAUUAAGUGAAGAACAUUUUGGAAAUGGGUUCGUGACGUGGCCAAAAGGUUAUGACUUUAAUGAGAAUUGUACGGCUACAACUGGAACUCCUGCUUGUAGAAAAAGAUAUGAUGCUGGAUUCAUUUUGCCGCCUGUAAUAUCAUCACAAAUUUCUACCAAAAAUAAGUUUAGUUUUAAAUAUGGAAAAAUAGAAAUUCUAGCGAAGUUACCGAGAGGCGACUGGAUAUAUCCAGAACUAUACCUUAAUCCAUUGUAUGAAGAAUACGGAUCCAACUAUGAAUCCGGUCAAAUUAGAAUAGCCUUUGCUCCAGGAAAUGACAAACUGAAUCAAGUCUUACACGGAGGUGUAAUACUAGGUGCUAGCAAUGCUGCCAGAGAGGCCGGAAUGAAGUCAGUUAGGACGCGGGAUAAAAACUGGUCGGAUGAAUUUCAUAAAUUUGUCGUCACUUGGAAACCAGAGAGCAUAACCGUAAGCGUGGAUGACCACAUGUAUGGCAGCAUUUAUCCUCCAGCCGAUGGAUUUUCUAAAUUAGUGAAUGAAGGUCAUACCAAACGAUGGAGACGCGGAUCAUCCUUAGCACCAUUUGACAAAGAGAUGUAUUUAACCAUCGGUGUUGGUGUGGGUGGUUUUAAUUUUCAAGAUAUGAAUGAUGGAACCAAACCUUGGAAAAAUGCAGAGCGCUUAAGCGUAAGGAAGUUUUACAAUGAAAAGGAUAAGUGGAAGAAUACGUGGAAUGAAGAUAGCGCUUUGGAAGUUGACUAUAUUAAAAUAUGGGCAGUAUGAAGAUUACUUAGUAUUUUUUGCCAUAUAAUGUGUAGAACUUGUCUAAAUGUCUGAGUAGUAUGUAAGUUGAUAGUUCCUUGAUAAGUAUUUUUUAUUAUUUUUAAUAAAAAAAUAAAUUAAA